GCGCUGGGGUGCAUGGUUAGCGGAGAGUACCGCCCGAGUUUGCUGCUGUUGCGGCCGGCGCGCGUGGCGCCGCUCUGGGGCGCGCAGGCGCUCGCAGGGUUCGCGGAGCCUGUUCCGCGGCCUCGCCACAUGCAACUGUCCAUCCGCAGUUCUGGCAAGCCUGAGUUGUUGGCUGGCGCAGGGGGCGGCGUUGCCAGCGAUGGGCAGACGCCUGGGGCACUGGGUAGCCAGUCUAUCGCCAGCACGGUGCCCACGUCUGGUAGCAGCGGCGCCUUUCUGGGCGCGGUUGCGAUGGUGCCAGCCACGGGACGGCUCACGGACGGCCUGGCCAGCGACGGUGGUGGCGGCUGGGUUGCUGGGCCCCAGGCUGCCCCAAGGAUGUCGGCGCUUGGCGGGCUGGCUGGCUCGUUGGGGGUGGCGUGUGGCGUCGCAGCGGCUG